AUGCUCUCCACCCUACACGAAAGCCCCUUUGCCUGCGCCCUCAACAGCGGUCUGGUGAAGCAAGUGCUUAUGAUUGCGACACAAAAUGUGCCCAUUCUCAACCGUUUAUGGUGUUGCUAUGAGGCUUUUCUGGCCAUGAAACUGAAUCUUUCCGUCCGCAUUUGUGGCGAUGAAAGGUACUUGUCAACGGUCCAAGGCAGAGUGGCAGAGUGCCGUGAUCGGGCGAGAUUGGAUAUGGAUGCUAGAAACCAACUGCUCCGAAGACACUGCAAGACGAUCGAAGAUCGGAUGCGCCGCCCAGUAGUACAAGCCACCUUUGUGCUGAUGGGACUCUAUCUUUAUUCGGUCCUCGGAGCAUAUCCUUUGUUCCCCAUUCAUGCUUGUUUUGGUGCUUGUUGUCAGUCUCGCCUUGUCGGCUGUUCUUGGCGUGAUCACGGCCGCAGUCAGGGAUACACGGGGGAUGGAUUCCUCGAACAAUCCAUUGCCCCCACGCUCAUCUGUCUUUACGUGCCCAACAUCCUUGGCAUGGGUGACAUCGCGGAGCUGGUUUUCGCUUUUGUGUUGUUUUUCUUUUGCAUCCCCAUAUUGUUGUUUGGUUUACAUCUUUGUAUCACGGAGAUGUGGUUGGGGCUGGCAAGGAACCAGGCGGAGAAGGAUGUCACUCAGAUCCAAAAGAGAGAAUCAGUGGAGCUGGAGUCCAUUGAACGGUUUGCAGUGGAUGCAUCCAAUCCCGAUGACGAAGAGUCCAUCAUGGCCGCAAUCAAUCAACAACGAGGCUGA